AUGUCAUAUUACCAGACAAACGAUCCACAAAAUUUACAAUUCUAUCAAUCUAACUACUCCAAUGUGUACCAAUCCCAGCAAGGCGGUGUAGGAAUUCCUGGAAAUGCUGGCACGGGUAUGGGUGGCCCUAUGGGCGCCAUGGACAGUGGAUUUGGUGCCAAUAUUGAUGUCAGUGGAUCCAUGGGAAAUGGUGAAUUGACCCCUGGAUUACUUGCUGCAUUUGGUACUAGUGGCUACCCCAAUGAACCUCCAUUACUUGAAGAGUUGGGAAUCAAUUUUGUUCAUAUCAAAAUGAAAACUUUGGCCGUUUUGAACCCUUUCAAUAGAAACAUCAAUUCAGAUAUAAUGUCCGAUUCUGAUUUGGCUGGUCCUAUUCUUUUCGUUUUGUUGUUUGGAACCUUGCUCUUAUUGUCUGGGAAGAUCCAAUUUGGAUAUAUCUACGGGGUAGGACUCUUUGGAACCAUUAGUUUACACUAUUUGUUCAAGCUUAUGAGUGAUGACAUUUACAUAGAUAUGGUGAGAUCUGCAUCUGUGAUAGGUUAUUGUUUACUACCACUUGUUAUUAUCAGUGUUUUAGGUGUAUUUGUAACAUUGGAUAACUUAUUUGGGUAUAUUUUGAGUGCCAUUGCCGUCUUUUGGUGUACCUACUCUGCCUCUGGGUUUUUCGUGGCAGUCUUGAAGUUGCACAAUGUCAGACCAUUGAUUGCCUAUCCAUUGGCCAUGUUCUACUCUGUAUUUGCAUUGAUGGCUAUAUUUGUAGAGAAGUCACCAUUGGCAUGA